UGCGAUGCCGAGGGAGCUCCCUGAUUUGAAAAUGCUGGCACUCUCCGGAUGUGGAGCUGUCCUCCUCAGGGGGGCUGGUUGCACAGUGAACGAUAUUCUCGAUCGCGGCAUUGAUAACAAGGUUGAGCGCACCAAAAGCAGGCAGUUUGCAUCAGGUGCUCUAACCCCUUCUCAAGGAGUGUGUUCCUUGGAUCUCAGCUACUGCUGGGAUUGGGCAUUCUUCUCCAGCUCAACGACUUUAGGUCGGAAGCAGAGCUCAAACAUGCGUAUGGUUGUAAAAGUGCUGUAUUAUGAAGUAUUUGCUCUAUGAAAAGGCAGAGUUCAGAAUCCACAGUUCUAUCUUGGUCAAAUUAAUAGCCAGAUAAACAUAGCCGCAUCUGCGCCAAAGAUUGCAACAGUGCGCAAGCGGAAUCAGCUGUAACAGGUCGGAAGCAGAGCUCAAGCAGGCGCAUGGUUGUAAAAGGGAUGUACCACGAAGUGCUCUAUCAAAAGGC